AUGGCGUAUAGACCUCAGGCGAACGGAUUCGCGAAAAGGAUGGUGCAGACCACCACAAGGGCACUUAAGAUGUAUGUCCAAGAUCUGGAUCAGCGAGAUUGGGACGAAUAUGCGGAACGACUCACAUUCGCGAUCAACACCGCUCGGGAUCGGAUCCGCGGAGAGACGCCGUUUUACAUGAUCCACGGCUGGGAUCCGAGAUCCACACUGGAGGCGGUGAUCCCGAUGGGAAGUACAAGAAGACAGGAUCGGGAUCCGCGAAGAUGGCGAUAUCGGAUCCAGAGACAUUACCAACAGGCUCGAGAACAAGUGAACCAGCGCUUACGAGAGGCGAUCUCGGAUCGGGCGGAUCAUGCGCCCACUUCAAGUCGAGGCCGGAUCCCGAGUCUGGUUAUACCUGGAUCGGUGCGAGAGGAAUAUACCAAAAAGCUUGCGCAUCUGUGGCAUGGCCCUUUCCGUGUGGUCGAGAAGAUCGGCGAGUACGUGGUGAAACUCGAGAUCGCCAGAUCCGCAUACAAUAUCUUCCCCGUGGUUCACGUGUCAAAGAUCAAGCCUGUCAGAGAAUUUCCGGAUCGGGUGAUCAAGGUCGGCUGGAUUUCGACGAAGCACUUCUCCCUGGAGAUAGCUGAAUUCAAGAUCGCGAUCCGGACGAGUAUGAGCUUAUGA